CUGAGGCUGAGCAAGCAGCCUGGGCUGUGCAGCAGCCUCGCAGGGGUGCCAAGCAGCCGCAUUGAUCUGUAAUUCAUGCCCCAGCCCUCCUUCCUCCAGCUGGCAGCCCGCGGCGCACCGCUGCUCCUCUUCUGCGCCGGCGGUAGCUACCUCCUGAGCCGCUUCACGAGCGGUACGGUCGCCGCGCGCGACCUCCGGCAGAAGAGCCAGUCCGCGAAGGCCUUCGCCAUCGAGGAGGAGCACCGCAAGAUCGCGAAGAAGCUCUACGGCUCGUCCGAGACGCCCGGCGCGCCGGAGUACAAGCCUAUCCCGCGGAUUGAUUGAUGCCUCUCGCGGAGAACGCGGUCUACUUCUUCCACUUCGUGGCGCUUUGUUUGGUGUGGCCCUACCUGCCCCUCUUCCUCAGUAGAUACGUGUCCGAGGCGGAGCUCGGGCUCUUGUUAGGAGCGACGCGGCUCGUCGGCGUCGCCGCCUCGCCGGCCUGGGCCUGGCUCGCCGACGCGAAGUGCGGCCGCGGGCCCAUCUUCGCUUUGUCUUGGCUCUGCUGGCAAUUGCUCACGCCCCUGGUCUUGGUCGCGGCGCGGACGCGUGUGCUGGCCCUUGUUUUGAUAGCGAGGAGCGUCUUCGAGGCGCCGCUGAUACCUUUUGUGGAUGCCGGCGUCGUCGCGCGCGCGUCCUUCGGCGCGGCGCGGCUCUACGGCUCGCUGUCCUGGGGCCUGACGGCGCCGGUCGCCGGCUACGUCUAUGCGAAUUAUGGAUUUUCGCCGUGCGUCGCCGCCGCGGCGCUCUUCGGCUGCGGCGCCGCGGUCUUCGCUGUUGAUGUCGUGCCCGCCGCCAAGACCAAGCGCAAUUACGACCAGGUGCACCGCCAGUCCGUGACGACGCGAGUCCUCAACCCGUUCUCCGUCGCCGACUCCGACGAGGGCGGCGCGCCGCCGGCCGCCGACGCCAAUCCUUUUGAGAUUGGCGGCCUCGAGUCGGACGACGAGGAGGAGAAGGCCGAGCCCACUCGUCCUGACAAGAACAUAAACCCCUUCGAGAUCGGCGCCGACUCCGACGACGACGAGGCGCGGACAGCUCAGGUCGAGGGCGACCUCGUGGCGUUCCUCGCGGCGAGCGCUUGUGUCGGGUCCGGCUUCGGCUUCGUCAUGAGUUUCCUCUUCGUGUUCAUCGUGCGGGGCCUCGGCGGCGCCGCGACGCUCUGCGGCCUCGCGCUGUUCGUGGAAUGUGCUGUGGAGGUUCCGGUCAUGCGCGCGGCCGACGGGUUGCUCGCGCGGCACGGCUCGAAGACCUUGGUGGUGGUCGUUUUGCUCUUGUACGCGGCGCGGUGCGCGGGCUACGCCCUUCUCACGUUUUUUCCGGGGCGGCCCUGGCUCGUUUUAUUAGUUGAGCCUUUGCACGGGAUCACGUUCGCGUUGUUCUACACGGCGGGCGUGGUUGGCGCCAAGGCGCGCAUGCCUUCAGAUAGGCAGACACUCGCCCAGGGCCUCUUCUCGGCGGCCUUCAACGGGGGAUCCGGCGUCGGCGCGGCCCUCGGCGGCCUCGCCGUCCGAAAGAUAGGCUACCGAAAUACGUUCCUCGUCUUCACGGCGGUGUUUAUCUUUGCGACGGUCGCGGCCUUUAUUAAGCUGGUGGACGAUCGACCUCAGGACGACAGUCGGUGGCAGCGGCCGCGCGACGAGUUCGAGGAGGGGGACCUUGUUUAAUUUGAUUGUUUG